CGUAGAGACACCUGCAAAGGAGCCGUGAUUCCUUUUUUUUUUCUUUUCGUAUUUUUUUUCCCCCCAAUAUUUUACUUUACUUUGCUUUAUUUCUUUCUGCCCUUUGAACAGACAAGGACUCGAACAUGACUCAGUGUAAGGACGUCGAGACAAUGGAGGCUACUGCCGCCAUCAAGUCUCUGAUCUCGAGCUUCUUCGACGCGAUCAAUGCCGCCGACACGCAGGCGCUGCAAGCACUGUUCGUCGAGCAAGCCCACGUGGUCAUAGUUCGGCAGGAUCCUCCGUUGCCUCCGCCGUCGUGCCUGAACGAGUCCGUCUCCCCAAAGCAUCGCUGCGAGGGUAAACCAGGACGCGAGAGUGCACCGCGCGGCGCUGGCGAGGAGACCCUGACGGUCGUGAUCCGCACCUCGAUCGAGAGGUUCGUAAAGCUGCUCGAAGAAGGAAAGAAGAGGAGAGAAGGCCGUCCUGUGCCCGUGAUCGACGAGAAGCCCGACCUGGUCGCCACGGACAUCAAGGUCGAUGGGUUGUUCGGAGUGGCGUGGAGCCCAUUCCAGGUGACUUUUGAUGGAGUGUUACACCAUUAUGGAACUAUGGUAUUCACAGUCGGAAAGAUGACGAGCCGGAUAGGGAAGAAGGAGUGGAAAAUCGAAGGCCUCACUCAGAACUAUCGGCGGACUCCUGGAUGGGAGAAAUAAUCCCAUUUGAGCGCAUGGCCGCUCCAGGAGACGAUUUUUCUUUUGGAAUUCCGCCAAUACGGCCCCUGAUUCAUGUCUUUAUCUACUUCAAGUUUGCGCUGUGCUCGUUUCAUACUGAAGCCCCAGAUAUCCUUGCGUUGCUGGGUUGUGUUUCCGUCGCUGGACGGAAAAGGAAAUAAAAACGAGUGCGCAGCGCACGAGAAAAAAAACUUGUGGCAAUGUUCAAAUCUCCGUCUUGCUGUGACGUGCUGCUAGGUAUACGGAACAUACAUGGCGCCUGCAAAAAAGACCAAGUGCCCCCAUAUCUACAAUCCUACACGUUCUAGUCAUCCAUGUCCAAUUUAGCAUCCGCGAAGAGGAGACGGGAUGCGUCUAAAUGUCAACCAAGUUCUCGC